AUGAAGUACGUUGUUGUAUCAGGUGGUGUCAUUUCCGGUAUCGGUAAGGGUGUUUUGGCUUCAUCUACCGGGUUAUUAUUCAAGACUUUGGGAUUACGAGUUACUUCUAUCAAGAUUGAUCCUUAUAUGAACAUUGAUGCUGGUACUAUGUCUCCAUUGGAGCAUGGUGAAUGUUUCGUGUUGAACGAUGGUGGUGAAGUUGACUUGGAUUUGGGAAACUAUGAACGAUACUUGAAUAUCACCUUGACCAAGAAUCAUAAUAUAACCACGGGUAAGAUUUACUCUAAAGUAAUUGAAAGAGAAAGAAAGGGGGAUUACUUGGGUAAAACGGUGCAGGUUGUUCCUCAUAUUACCAAUGCUAUUCAGGAAUGGAUUGAAGAAGUAUCGAGAAUCCCUGUUGAUGAUACCGGAUUGGAACCCGAGGUUUGUAUCAUUGAAUUGGGAGGAACUGUGGGUGAUAUUGAAAGUGCUCCCUUUGUUGAAGCAUUGAGACAGUUUCAAUUUAGAGUUGGUAGUGGCAAUUUUGCAUUGAUUCACGUUAGUUUAGUACCAGUUAUUCAUGGUGAGCAAAAGACUAAACCAACACAAGCUGCUAUUAAAGAUUUAAGAAGUUUAGGGUUGACUCCCGAUAUGGUUGCUUGUAGAUGUCAAGAAGAAUUGGAACGUCAAACUAUUGAGAAAAUUGGUAUGUUUUGUCAUGUCGGACCCGAUCAAGUCAUUGCUGUUCAUGACGUUAAUUCGACUUAUCACGUCCCACUUUUAUUAAAACAGCAAAAAAUGAUGAAUUAUUUGACUACGAAAUUGACCAUUGGCAAAGUUAAUUCACAGGCCUUGGUUAGAGGUGAAGAAUUGUUGAAUAAAUGGAGACAAUUGACCACGGCUCAUGAUAAAUCAUUUGAAACUGUUACUAUUGCAUUAGUGGGUAAAUAUACCAACUUGCAUGAUUCAUAUUUAUCAGUCAUUAAAUCGCUUGAACAUGCGUCAAUGAGAUGUAAUAGAAGAUUGAAGAUUGAAUGGGUCGAAUCAACCAAUUUAGAAGAAGGUAAAAAGGAGGAGAAUUUAUCGGAAUAUCAUAAAGCAUGGCACUAUGUUUGCCAAGCUGAUGGUAUCUUGGUCCCAGGUGGGUUUGGAUCUCGUGGUAUUGAAGGUAUGAUUGCUGCUGCUAAGUAUGCUCGUGAAAACGAUAUUCCAUACUUGGGUGUCUGUCUUGGUUUACAAAUUGCCGUCAUUGAAUUCGUGAGAAAUGUCGUUGGCAUUGCCAACUCUACUUCGCAAGAAUUUGAUGAAUACAAACAAGAAGAUGGCAUUCCUCCAUCAGUCGUGUACAUGCCUGAUGUUGAUCAAGUCAAAUUGGGAGGAACAAUGAGAUUAGGUAUUCAUGAAACGAAAUUCUCAUCCGAUUCACAAUGGAGUAACUUGCGUAAAUUAUACGGUGGUUCCGAUGCCGUUUAUGAAAGACACAGACAUAGAUAUGAAGUUAACCCGGAAUUGAUCCCUACUAUUGAAGACCAAGGGUUGAAAUUUAUUGGUAAAGAUGAAUCUGAUAAACGUAUGGAAAUGAUUGAAUUGGAUCAUAAAUUACAUAAAUUCUUCAUUGGUACUCAAUAUCACCCGGAAUAUUUAUCUAAGGUAUUGGAUCCAUCAAGACCAUUUUUGGGUUUGGUUGCCGCCUCAGCUGGAAUUUUGGAGGAUGUUUUAAACAGAGAUGACUUGAAUUAUAAAGGAGAGUUUUAG